CGCCACUCAAGGUCAGGUCAUGGAAGCAUUUACCCUCCAAAAUUUGCUCUCUCUCUCUCUCGGAGACUAGCAGUUGCGGGGCACCAGCUCCGGACUAAAGAAGAGCAAGGGUAGCUAGUAAUGAUAGUGGCUUCGGUGGGGGCGAUCGAGUUAGCUCGUCGACUUUUUCGACAGCGUCCGUACCUUGCACCUGGCUGCAGCCGCUGUUGCGCGGCCCCUGCCGAGGAUGUGGGCAUUUCCCCCGCGUCGAGUUGCCGUGUCCCCUCCCCUCCCCUCCCUGCCGACGUUGACAGGCCACAGUGGUGUAUAUAACGGCAUCUGGCAUCUCGUGUGAGAACAGCCUACCUCGUGUCACCCACUCUCUCUUUCCUCUCUCCUCUCUCCUUGCUACGCUCAUCAACGAAAUGAUCACAAAGUCGUCGCAGGCUGGCGGUGUCGAGACGGUGCUGCUGCAGCGCAGGCUGGAGCUGUCGGCCCGGCCAGGCGUCAAUGGCCUGCUUGCGAACCCGCGCACCUUUCUCAUCGCCCUCUUUGCCUCACUCGGUGGCUGCGUUUAUGGCUACAACCAGGGCAUGUUUGGUCAGGUGCUCAACAUGAAGAGCUUCCAGGCCGCGUCGGGCACCGAGAACAUCAGCAACGACAACCCAACGCUGACGUCGUUCUUGACGGCCAUCCUCGAGCUCGGCGCCUGGGUCGGUGUCCUGGCCAACGGUAUUCUCGCUGACCAGGUCGGCCGAAAGAUGUGUGUCGUCAUUGCCGUCUUCUUCUUCUCCAUCGGUGUCAUCGUGCAGGCCUGCACCCACGGCGGCUCCUACACCUACAUUCUCGGCGGUCGCUUCGUCACCGGUCUCGGCGUUGGUUCUCUCUCCAUGAUUGUGCCCCUGUACAACGCCGAGCUCAGCCCGCCCGAGAUCCGCGGCGCGCUCGUCUCUCUGCAGCAGCUUGCCAUCACCUUUGGUAUCAUGAUUGCGUACUGGAUCACCUACGGCACAAACUUCAUUGGCGGCACCGGCGAGGGCCAGUCGAAUGCCUCGUGGCUCGUCCCCAUCUGCAUCCAGCUCGGCCCGGCGCUCAUCCUGGGAGCCGGCAUCCUCUUUAUGCCCCAAUCGCCGCGCUGGCUCAUGGACGUCGGCCGCGAGGAAGAGUGUCUCUCGACGAUUGCUGGGCUGCGCCGCCUCGCGGUGGACCACCCCCUGGUCCAGAUGGAGUUCCUCGAGGUCAAGGCACAGAAGCUGUUUGAGACGCGCGUCUCGGAGAUGGACAACCCCCAGCUCCAGGACGGCUCGAGGCGGAGCAACUUUAUGCUGGGCGUCAAGGGCUACGCCUCGCUCAUCUCGUCGCGCUCCAACCUCAAGCGUCUCACCGUCGCCGUGCUCAUCAUGGUCUUCCAACAGUGGACCGGUGUCAACUUCAUCCUGUACUACGCGCCAUUCAUCUUCCAGAAGCUCGGUCUUGGCGGCCAGACGACUUCGCUGCUCGCCUCGGGCGUCGUGGGUGUCGCCAUGUUCCUCGCCACGAUCCCGGCCGUGCUGUACAGCGACAAGCUCGGCCGAAAGCCGCUCCUCAUCACGGGUGCUGCCAUGAUGGGCAUUUGCCACUUUGUCGUUGGCAUCAUCAUUGCACGCGUCAACCCGGACCCAAAAAACCCCAUCGGAUUCCAGAACCACCCCGCGGCCGGCUGGGUGGCCGUCGUCUUCAUCUGGCUCUUUGCCAUUGCCUUUGGCUUCAGCUGGGGUCCCUGCGCGUGGGUCCUCGUCGCCGAGGUGUUCCCGCUCGGCCUCCGCGCCAAGGGUGUCUCGAUCGGUGCCUCGUCCAACUGGCUCAACAACUUUGCCGUGGGCAUGUCCACGUACAACUUUGUCUCGGCAGCCCCCUACGGUGCCUAUAUCUUCCUUGGCCUCAUGUGUGUUCUCGCCGUCGGCUACGUCUGGUUCCUUGUCCCCGAGACCAAGAACAGGACCCUCGAUGAAAUCGACGAGCUGUUUGGUGACGACAGCGGACGGUCCCAGCUCGAGUCGCAGAUGCUUGCUGCGGCGUACCGCGACGUCGGCCUGCUCGAGGUGGCCGGUGUGGAAAAGGAGGCGCCCGUCGUCAGCGCUCUUCCUCACAGUGAUCGCUCGCUCCACAGUCACAGCUCUGAAGCAAAGGAGUGA